AUGAAGGAGAUCACGAAACGCUUGGAUGAUGUCAGUGCCUUCCAGGAUGAGGACCGCGUCCAGUGGACUUGCAAACCGUGCGCGGAUCAACCUUCCAGUCAACAGCAACAAUCAAAUUUAGGCAAUACGACUAGCAAUAACGGUCCGUUCAAGGACGAUAAAGCCGCUGGUCGGCUUAUUGGUGGCAUCGUCGGCUUCAUCACUGGGCAACAGGCGGGCGGCCCAAAUAUCAGAACCCAAUUUUUUGAUGGAUCAAAAGCUGGCGCGCCAAGUACCGGGCACAAUACAUCAGAACCGUUCAUGCUCAACCGAUCUUCUAGCCUAGAUCAGGAACAACACGGUGCAGUGGAUCGGCAACGUUCUUCCAAUUAUCGAGGUUACCUAACAAGGCAAAGUACCGAAGGGAGCAGACCUCAGUAUCACUCCGGAGUACCACUAUCGAGUCCACGGAGUCAGCCCAAGUAUGGACAAUAUUCACCGUAUCAAAAUAUGCACCUUCAGAGGAGAUCAGGCCCCUCAAGUGAUGUUCCCCGUCCUGGGCCGAACUAUUCCAAGCGUUACGAUACUUCCCGCCAGUAUUAUGCCGACUCUCUGACCUCAGAGCAUUCUGAUUCUCCCAGACGUACGGGAAGUCUAGCCAGCUGGGGUGGAUACCCCCAGAGAUCCCCAAUGCUAUCCAGGCCAUCUGUUGGUGGACGAUCAGAUAGUGAGUAUGGCACAGAGGCAGGUACUUUUGUACCGCCCAUGUAUCAACUUCCGAUUGGGGCUCCUUUAAGUUACUCACCACGAUCAAUGCGGGAUAGAGAUAUCCGAGAAGAUUCCUUUAUUGAACAAACCCGAUACGAUCAAGACUCCCCUGGCGUUCCACGACAAUAUUCCUACAGCAGCUCGGAAGGUGAUGAAUUCCUGGGUGUUUAUCGCGAACACCCGUCCGACAGGCUACACGCAUCUCGCAAGUUGCCGCCCAGCUAUGCUCCAGAGGAGGAAGUAAUGGAGGGAGAAUUUUACGGAGAAAGGAUUUACGAUGAGGAACGUGACAUGCCCUAUGGUCGAGCCCCAGGUUUACUCAAGGAACGUGUCACGGGUAGACAACAUCUGUCCUAUCCAUCAGAUACAUACAGCGAAUCUGAACGAUCUACUGCCGGAAGCGAUUUGCGUGCAAUGAUUAUGCCUGGGCAUGACAUGUCUUUACGAAGCCCGAACAUCGGUGGCGUCUCAAUCGAUCGACAACGGAUGACAGAAACACAACCAGUAACCUGGAAUCCAUCCAGGGACGGCAGAAGGCUGAUUGGACAUAUGCUUUUACGCAAGCAGGCGGAUCGAAAUUCAGCAGAUGUUGGAUCUAUACUCGGUAUCAAAUUGAGUGGGGGUCGCAAAUCUACCUCAGGUCGUUUGGCCACUUUUAUUUCACGCGUAAAAUCUGGAAGCUCCGCAGACGUCAUCGGACAACUUCGUCCGGGAGACGAAAUUCUAGACUGGAAUGGACACUCGCUGAGGGAUUUAACAACGGAUGAAGUUUCUCAAAUUGUGAAUGAAUCUAAAAACGAUACUCAGGUUGAACUUAUCGUCCAACGUGACUUGGAGGAAACCCCAGGUUUUGUCGAAGAAGACUUUGGCACAAAGUCCGUUGGUGAAAGUCCGGACGGCGGGAACGUGUUUUUCUCCGCACUGUGUUCCAUACUUGUCCGUGGACUUAUGGAAAGGUUGACUUCCUGCUCCCUGCGCGCGCGCGAGUCUGUGUGUACUGACUGUGUUCGGUUUCCCUAUAUGUCCGUUUGCGCGUACAUGGCAACCUCGCAAUCAAUGCAGCUAGCUGUUCCCCUGUAUUCGAAGUAUCGUUCCGAAGAGGGUCUGAGUAAAUCGGGAUACUCAUGGCGCCCUGCUGUUCAGCUCAAAUUAUUUAUGGACUCAUCCAAGGACCAGUUGAUUGUCAGUCUUCUUGCUGCGCGAGAUUUAACUUCCCGAAGUAGUCUGAUAGGAACGACUGCCACGGCUGCUGUUUGCAAUUCCUACUGCCGAAUCCGUCUUAUCCCUGGGGGAGAGGAGAUGAAAUAUUCCAAAAUGAUUGCGCACACCAACAAUCCCCGGUGGAACCAGAUUUUCAAGUUUGUCGAUUACCCGGAACAGGAACUGGCACAACACGAUUUGGAAUUGACCUUGUGGAAUUGUGAAGUGAACACAAACGAACAGACGUUGGUUGGAGAGGUUAUCAUUGACCUCAGCGUUGCCGACCUCUCCGGCGCCGCCUAUUGGUAUCCACUGCAAUACGGCUCCUUGGUUGAAGGAUCUUCAGAGGCGACAACACCAGUUGCUGAAAGCUCGUCGAUAUCCCACGACCGGUUUCAUCCUUCUUGGGGCUCAUUAGGCAGGCGCUGUUCUCGAGUUUCCGUCAACCUUAGGUUCUACGUGAAAAUGAGUGUUGUCGGAACUGGUGGGGACCAAUAUUCCCAAAUUUCACCUUCACGUCUUGAUGCUCGCGAUGCGGAUUCCAUUCAGCGACUUCGCAAAGAUAGGUAUCCUGCGGAUAUGGACGCUAUUCGCAGUCCCUUACGUGGGCCGCCAGAUAUCUCAAUGCUAGACUCAAAGCCAGAUGAUUACUCUGACUUGGACGAGCGUCAAUAUGGACACCCUGCCUCGUUGUCCGCACAACGUGGUUCGUCAAGGUCACGUGGUCGUCGGUAUUCAUCUCGCGACGCAGGGGGGUAUCCGCAUGACGAACGCGUGGUUCAUUCCGACGCCUCCGAGUUCUCUGAUGUUUCCGAACUGUCCCGAAUGAGCCUACACACAAGCCAUUCUGAACGCCAACACCAUCCGUCGGAACCGCUAUCCCCUUACCGAACACGGGACCAGUAUGGAUCGAGUCAACCAGGCCAAACAUCAAGACACAUGACGCAGCAUCGGCAGUCGGCCAGCCCCAGGACGAACCUGUACUCACAGACGCGAACACGAACUAGCACUGAAGACUUGCUCUCGAGGGCUCACAAGGGAAUUACCUCCAUGGAUGAGCAGCCCAUCGCGAAGGAGAGCAGUAGCUCGGAAUGCGGAUCGGGUCUGGUCACAUCAUCUCUGAGCAGCACGGUAGGUCAAUAUCCCAGGCCAACGUCAGGUUCUCAUGAAACUGGCCCGUCUAUGGAACGUGGUGAUGGACGGAAAAAUCGCCCCAGUAUUGGGAACAAAUUUUCCGUGGUUCUUGGUCGAUCACAUAAAAGUAGUAGUACCUCCAAUUUGGACAAGAAAGCGCGAACUCGGUUCCAGAGGAGCGAAGAAGUACUACCCGCUGGACCUGUGAACUUAUCCGUAGAUGGCGCUUUCCACGCACCUGGACAGGAAACUGGAGACCCAUCCUUCAGACGAGGACCUUUUCAGCAACAGCGUAGUGUGAGUAGCGGGAAUCCGGAUGUGGGGACCGAUAUUGAGAGCCGAGCCAGUCCAAAUCUUUCUCGAAAUGAAUCGCACGUUGGUGAGUUCGUGGAAGGACUGGGCCCUGGGCAACUGGUCGGUCGGCAAGUCCUAGGAAUGCCCUGUCUUGGUGAAAUCCAGCUGAGCUUCUUCGAUCGAAAAGGACACCUUGAGAUCGAAGUGAUUCGCGCUCGUGGACUACAACACAGAAACACCGCGAAGCCACUGCCUGCACCGUAUGUGAAACUGCACCUUUUAGAGGGAAAGCAAUCGGUCGAGAAGCUUCGUACAACCACUCCGCCCCGACGAACGUUAGAUCCUCUAUACCAACAGCAGUUAACCUUCUCGGUACCUUACCACGGAAAAAUAAUGCAGGUGAGCGUCUGGGGCGAAUACGGUCGAAUGGAUAAAAAAGUCUUUCUUGGAAUGUGUGAAGUCGUACUGGACGAUUUGGACCUGAACUCGGUCGUAUUCGGUUGGUACAAACUGUUCGGUAUGAUUGCAUCAAGUGCACACCAUCAUCACCAUCACCAUCAGCGCCGAGAGGUCUCACAGGCUGACCCCUCUAGAGGAUUCGUCGAGGAGCCAGAAUCCUCUCGAUCGAAAGAGCAGUCUUCUCCAAAAGGCCGUAUAUCAUCUUUAGGUGGCCGGGGUCCAAAAAGCGCUCCGUACAGUGGCGACGGGACACGAGGAAAGUCAGCCGGAGGAAGUCGAUCGUCAGGUGGAAAGAAGUCUAACGCGUCUUGACAGAAAUCCCCACCUCCUCUACGUGUAUAUUUAAAAAUCGAUUGAUUUUCUCGCCCAUUGUGGGUUUAUUUGCCAAGUAGUAUUAGUUGCCCCACAGAGAAGUUGCAAUAUGAGAAAAGGGGCGCAGAAUACACACACACACAACCCAUAUACUUACACAGAGAGAGCGAGAGAGAGAGAUCCACCUUACUAUUUUAGGUUCCUUUUUUGAUAGAGACUUUGUAUUUCGAGAAAAUGCUGUGACGGGACUUUAUUUUCAACGAUAUUUUCAUUGUAGACUCUCACCUCACUCCCGCCAACUCCACCCACUCCCCCCCUCUGACACACACGUCGAACUAAGAUAGACUUGUGGAAUCAAGUUUUUGCGGCUUCCUUCUGACAUUUACA